AUGGUUUUGGAAGCUGGUUCAAAUCCGAUAGAAACAAUCAAACAUCCUGGGGAAUUCGACACAAUGUUGAAAACAGUUUUAUAUCCUAAAGAUUUCGAUUCAGUUUCAGGCUGGAUACCCGAUGUUGGUGAUGGAAGUAUUUUAAAAGAACCGGUAAGAAAUCUUGCAAAUGAUGCCGAUUUAGCUAGAGUGAGAGUUGUUGCUCGAAACACGAUAGAAAGAGUAGGACGAGCAGUUAAUCAUGGAUUCGAAAAACGAGUACUUCAGUAUAAUAAUGUUGUUGAGAAUAAUAGGUGGGGUAAUUACGUAAAUUGGAAAUUAUAUCCUUUAUUCGGUCUGUUGGAACAUAGAAAAGUUUCCAUAGGCUUACCAUAUAAAAUUCAUCUACAAAUAGAAAUAAACGACGAUAAGAUAUUCUUUGGAGAGAAUGGUUCAGAUGCAAAAUUAGAAAUAACGAAUCUCCAACUUUUCAUACCCGUAAUAACACCAUCAAUUGAAGUAGAAACGAAAAUAUUCAACUCGUUAACUAAAGAUAUUGAAAUAGCUUUUCUUCAUCGUAACACUGUAGGUAGCAUUACUUUAACUGGAGAAUCCACCACAUGGCCAAUCACUAACACUAUUAAACCAGCAAGAUAUUUAAUAGUUGGUUUCAAGAACUUACCAGAUUCUCAAACGAAUAACAAUAAUGUCUUUAGAGUGGCAAUGAACCAAACUCAAGAUCCUUUAAUCCAUAAAGUUCAAGUAAGAUUAAAUAACGAUAAUUAUCCUAACCAACCUUUAACAAUUAAUCCAACCACAAAGGAUUAUAAUGAAUUGUAUAGAAACUAUAAAAAUAUGUGUGAAUUAUUCGGAAAUCUACCUCAGUUUGAAUAUGUAGAUUUUGCACUUAAUCAUCCAAUCUUCUGUUUUGAUCUUUCAGCUCACCAAGAAGAUCUUUUCAAAACAGGAGUGAACAUAAAUAUUCAUAUUGAAAAAACACAAGGAGAUGUAACAGAAGCUUUAGUCAAGAAAAUAAUAGAAGCUAUAGAAACAGCUUCCCCAACUGUAAUAACAAUCAACGGUAAAAAAAUCAGCAUAACUAAAAAACUUAUUGAUAAAUACAAAUAUUGUCAAGUCAGAGACGAUAUAGAUUUAGAAAGAAUUGACGCGAACGCAAAAGAAGGUGGAUUUUUACCUCUCCUUCUACCUUUAAUAUUUGGUGGUAUUGCAGCAGCUACUGGAAUAACAAAAGCCGUCAACUCAAAUAAAGCAGCUGCAGUAACAGCAGCCGAAGAACAUAGACAUAAUUUAAAAAUGGAAAAGUUGGCCGAAGGUUCAGGAGUGGGAGAAAUGAUAGGCACAAUGAAAGAAUUUGGAAAAAGAUUUAGUGAAGAAACCAAGAAAACUGUUAAACAAGGAUUAAAUAAAUUAGUAGAUAGUAUUGACACAGGAGAAAUCAAAGUCAAACAUAAGGGUAAUGGAAUAUUUUUAAAAAAUAUACGCACUGGAGAAGGAAUAUAUCUUUCGAAGUAUAAAGGAGAAGGAGUUAUUUUUGGAACAAAUUAA